AUGGGCUCCGGCCACAAGGACGAUAAGGGCAGCUUUGGACCUGACCCGCUAUCUCCCACCUCUCCCAUUGGCUCCCACAAGUGCCCGUCUCCCUCGCCACACAGCUCCAAAGAAGUCUGGAAGAAAGGAGGGCGUGUCUUCUCCAUUCUACUAGCCAUCAAUUUGGUGCUUCUGUCCUGCACACUGGUCAGCGGUGGGGCUUUCCAAGAAGUAAAGCUGCAUGACUAUGAUGUCUUUUUCAUGCUCAUCAUUGUGAUGCUGAUCAACAUUGCCUGGAUGCUCUUCUACAUCUUCAGAACCUCCAGGCUGCAGGGUGCCAUUCCUUGCAAGGACAACCAUGCAGGGCCCAUCUGGCUGAGAGGUGAGCAGGAAGCUAUAUGUUGUUGGGUGGGAAGGACAAAGCGUAAACAUGAUGAGCAAGUGGGUCUUAUUCCCAUGGGAAUGGGGCAAAUCCACGAAAGGGGUGCUGCUGCAUUCAUAAGAACAUAAUAAGAGACAGCUGGAUCAGGCCAGCGGCCCACUGUAGUACAUCAACCUAUUCUCACAGUGGCCAAGCAUAGUCCUGCCUAUAUUUAAUCAAAAAUCUCAACUGUUCUCUAAGUUCUGCGAGACUUGCUGUUCUGUUGAGAGCCGUAAGCGGGAAAUACCUUCAGUGUCUAAGAAGAAAGCUAGGUAAAAAGUUAUGUCACAUUUGGUGUGGCAGCCAGAGGUGAUGCCAGGGUCUGGAGCAUCUAACCCAGGUUCAUGAGUUUUCAAAGCAAAGCCUUUGAUCCAGUACAAUCCCUAAAACACACACACACACACCCCACACCCCACACCCCAACCACUUCUCCUCCAGUGCUUUGGAGAGCGUUAAGGAGGGUGGAUUUAAGAAUUACAGAAGCAAGCAAGUGACAUACUAUUGCUGGGGAGGCUCAGAUGUCUUGUCUGGCCAAACAGAAAAUGGCGCAGUGCAGAUCUUUUGCCAAAGGGGCCCAGCAGAAAUCUGGAGCCAGCUCUGAGUACCCGUGUAUAAUCAAGGACUUGGAAGAGUUGGAGCUCCAUUUACUGAGACGGAUUCUGCACCCUGACAUUGAGUUUGGACUUGAUUUGCUUGAGGCAACACACACACACACACACACACACACACACGUAUUCCUUUUUAUAAAAGCAAAAAUAACCCAAUUAGACUCCUGUUUCAGCAUGGUACCUUGUGCAUGAAAUUCCAUUAUUGUUACUUUAUGUGGGCUGCUGGCAUAAAGGAUCCAUGGCUGUGGGUAAAAAGACAAAAUGGAGGAACUUUAGGAGUCUAGGAAUCUGAUGUGCAUGGAAUGUGAUUGCAUUUUCUUUCCAAAACAGGAGGCUUGGUCUUGUUUGCAGUCCUCUCACUGGUAAUGGAUGCUUUUAAGACCGGAUAUUAUUCCAGCUACUAUAAGUGCCUGUCACCCAUCAGAAUAAUGUUUCCAGUGGUACAGGGUGUGUUUGUGAUCACUCAGGUGAGUCGGACUCUUCUUUGGGGUACAUAGGAGAUGGUCUAUGGUGGGGGGAGCCAGCCUGGGACUCUCCAGAUGUUGUUGGACCCCAAAUCCCAUCAGUUCCAGCCAGCAUGGCUAAGGCUUAGGGAAGAUGGGAGUUCAGAUCUUGCUGUGACUGAUUCACUGAACCCAGCACAUGCAGCAACCUUAGCUGAGACGAGGAAGCAAAAGAAAUGGGUGGUGGCAAGUUCUUUAGCCUUGUUAGCUGUGCUUGUGUUUACUGGAGACUGUUCUUAGUUAGGACCUUGUCUGCUAGGAGGAGACUGGAUAAAAUUAUGCCACUGUUUCCUUUUUGUGUGGCCUCACAGCUGCCUGGUUAAUAUACUUGGAGAGCCUCUUGUCUGUCUUUUGGAUUACUUUUAGACCUGGAAAGGUUAACAUUCCUGUAGAAAACAUUCUCAUGAGCACAGGAGAAUCUGUCACUAAUUAGAUCCAGGACAUUUCCAAACUAUGGGGUUUUUUGGGGGGAGGGGAGAUCUGAGUGUAUUCUGCAACAUGUCACUGAUGCAGUAAUUGUGCAUUAGUGGUGGAUUUGUACUUGGCUGUCCACACAGCAUCCUGCUUCAUUAGUUUAACACUCUUCUACAGGAAUGAUGUGUAGAAACAGCUGGGUGGGAAAUGAACCCUACAGCCAUUUUAUAUUGGAAGGGCAAGGAUAUUAGUAAGACUAGCCAUGCCUUUAAGGCCCCAAAGUGAUCCUUGGGAGUUUGCAAGUUUGCAUCGCUUAGAAGUGGAAGGAAUAUUUCCUCUAUAAGCUGGAUGAAGGGACAGAAGUUACUAAAUAGGAUAAGAAGAGUAAAUGUGACAUCAAAUUUCUUUGCUCUCUUUUUUUGCCUCUUCCAUUCAUUCCCUGUCUACUUUGGAAUGUCAUUUUAAAUAUAUAUACUUCUUCCCCGUUCUAGACUGUCUUCCUCUGGAUGUCUGCCCAAGACUGCAUCCACAAGCAUCUGAAUCUCACCAGGUAAAUAUCCAGGCCACCUAACCGAGUUUUUCCAUGCUGCUUUGUCAUUUUAUUAAGCCUCAGCCUAGGCUGGCUGAAUAGAGGGCCGAAUCCCAACAUGCUAGCCAUGACAUCAUCAUCAGUAAUGAAAGACAAGGAGGGGAUCUGCAACAAAAUGUAGGGUCCUGUUCCAUCUUAAAGGGCUCUUUGAAAAGGCCAGCCAAAGACAUGUUGCUGCUUGAGGUAGAACAGCAAAUGAUAUUGUGGGUUGCUCGUGCGUAAAUUGGCGCCACACCUGGCUGGGUUGCCUGAAUGAACCCUUUCUAUCCGGACAGCCACUCGCCCGUGGCUGUCUCAAUCGCUGGCAGAAUCCGUCAGUGGGCGUUUCUUGAACUUCUUCCAGCAAAGAAGCUCUUUGACGCCUAGUCUCCGCCUACUCUCCCUGCGCGGAAGCCUUCUGCGCAGGGAGGGUGUGGGCAGCGGAGGACCCGUGCUCUCCCUGCUGGUCCCCGGCGAGGAGUCAUGGAGCCACCUCGCCGAUUCCCCCCAUCUGCCCCCCUUCUCCACUGAUGCUACGCUGAUUUCCUUCCCCAGAAGAUGUGCUGCUUCUCUCCCUCCCGGGACGCUCUCCGGAAUCCCUCUGGAGCCCUCCCUCUCCCCCUGGCUCCGAUGGCAGUUCCCUGACAGAUAUCAUCCUCUCAAGACCAGCCAAGUUAUUCUGGGAACUGAGUCAGAAAAUCCCACAAGUAUCUCUCCCCCUCCCUGGCAGUAAAUAUACAAUCAUAAUAAGUAAAUAACAACUUGCUGCCUUCUCGUGAAUCCCAGAAUUGGUUGCUUGAAGUGGCUGUCUUGCUCUACCUAAUGGUGGGUGUCCUCUGCAAGUUCCUGCUCUUUAAUGACUCCAGAGGAUAAGUUACAGGUAGAUAGCCAUGUUGGUCUGCUGUAGUCAAAACAAAAUAAAAUAAUUCCUUCCAGUAGCACCUUAGAGACCAACUAAGAAGUGUGCAUGCACACGAAAGCACAUACCAAUAACAAACUCAGUUGGUCUCUAAGGUGCUACUGGAAGGAAUUUUUUUAUUUUGUUCCAGAGGAUAACUACAUGAUGGAAGAUCUCUUCUCUCUGCCUGUUGCUGUUGUUGGUCUUGGCCCUCCUGAUGGAAAUAGCUAACAGCAACAACAGCAGCUUAGAAUUUUUAUAUUGAGCUUUUUCUCAGUGCUCCAAAAUCCCACCUCUUGCAUUUAUUGUCAUGAUGUAUAAUCCUGUAAUGAACAGAGUUUAACUCCAUGGUUCCACGCUUUCUCUUCCUACAGAUGUGGCUUGAUGCUCACGUUGACCACCAACCUAGCAGUGUGGAUGGCAGCUGUAACAGAUGAGUCAGUGCAUAAGGCUGAAUCAAAGAACCCAAUUGCAAAUGUUACGCACAGAAUGGGUAAGUGGCUCAAGCAAGGCAAUCCGUUUAGAAUAACUUAGAUUAAAACUCACAAGGCUUGCUCACUCACACAUUACACUAAACUCAAGUACAAGCUGUCUCUGCACAUGUACAAGUGGUUGCAUGAAGCAAUGAAUACUUGUAGAUUUGCACAACUCGAUUACUGUGUACAUGGACUGCACACCUGGUUGAAUGUUAAUAUGUGAAUAAUUCUACAGAUGUACAGCUCAGCUCCUUAUGUACACAGAUUAUACACUUGUCGAACGUUCAUGUGUGGACAUGCCUACAGUGCAGUGGACAGCCCUACAGAGCAGCAGUUUCAUAGUGGAUCAUUUUACAAUUUUCUUUUACUUUUGCUUAUAUUAAAGAGCAGUUUACCCAAAAGCAGACUUCAGUGGAAACUUCCAUGGAGUAAGGUUGAAAUUAGGGUCCCCACUUCUUAACCAGCCCAUAUCUGCCCUAUCUCCUGAACAUUCCAAGGCCAGGAAAAAUUAGUUGGGUAGUGGUGGUGUUUCUUUGUUUUGUGAAGUGCUACAUAGAUUAUUCGAAUCCCUGCGAGGGGGUGAGCUCCUGUUGCUCGGUCCCAGCUCCUGCCAACCUAGCAAUUCGAAAGCACGUCAAAGUGCAAGUAGAUAAAUAGGUACCGCUCUGGUGGAAAGGUAAACAGCAUUUCCGUGCGCUGCUCUGGUUUGCCAGAAGCGGCUUAGUCAUGCUGGCCACAUGACCCGGAAGCUGUACGCCAGCUCCCUCGGCCAAUAAAGCGAGAUGAGCGCCACAACCCCAGAGUCGGUCACAACUGGAUCUAAUGGUCAGGGGUCCCUUUACCUUUACCUUUACAUAGAUUAUUGUCCCCCUUCUGCACCACAACUCACAAACUAAAAAAUUCUUCCUGGGAAGACAUCAGGAACAGGCCUCAGCCUCACAUGCUCCCAUCCCUUCCCUGGUGUUCCUACUCCAUUCUGGAAAGUAUGAGAAGUGAAUCACCAACAAAGGAGGCCUGCUGUUAUCUGAACAAGAAAUCUCCCCAGCCGCCAAGAAAAUAAACUGUUUCUAAAAGCGUAGUCGGCCAUUCAGUUUCUCAUUUAGCUCCUGUAAGAAGGGGUUGGGAGGGAGAGCAUGGGCUUGUGUGAGUGAACCUAAGGGCCCCUCUCAGUAUCCCUCUCUGAAGAUGAUAACAUCCAAAGAAACCCAAAAUAAUCACACACACACACCUGCCCCUUCCCCUACCUCUUAGGCUAACUAGUUUCAGAGUUGUUGGGAGGGGGGACAUCUGUGUGUAUCAUUUUGACCACCACAGAGGAAAAGCAAGAUAUAAGUGUAAUGCACAAAGCACCUGUAGAGUUUUGAGAGGGCUUGAAGAAUCAUGGAGAUGGCUCUGAGGUGACAGCUCUCAUUUCAAUCCCAUUCCAACAAAAUUCAUAGAUAUUGCAAUCUUUGGCUCGUUUCUUCUCAGAGUCCUAUUUUGUUUAAAGAACAAAAACCUUUCACAGAGCAGUAAGUAGCCCCUAACAAGCUUGUUUUCUUUUCGUUGCAGCUCUGUUAAUGAUGAGGGCGGCCUCGCAGGCAGAAAACUGUGCCUGCAAAAGCCAACUCUGCAAGAUCUUCCAGAAUGGCUAUUACUGGCUGUACCCCUUCAAUAUCGAGUACAGCCUCUUCGCUUCCGCCAUGGUCUACGUCAUGUGGAAGAACGUUGGCCGCCUCAUUGACCCCCAUGACAACCAUAUCCACCAACUGAAGUUCAAGCUUUUCAGAAGGACUUAUUUUUUGGGCACCAUCGUGGGGUUCUUGGUCCUUGUGACGGGCAUAGCGGUCCUGAUUGUGUAUGAGAUUCAGGUAAAUUCAAAGGAAGACUCUAAGAGGACCGACCAGGUGCUCACUAUGUAUUUCGGCUUCAACAUCAUUUGCCUGAGCCUGAUGUCCGCCAUCUGCAUCGCAGGCUCCAUCGUUUAUAGAUUUGACAAGAGGGACAUGGACCAUCACAAGAACCCAACCAGAACUUUGGAUGUAGCAUUAUUGAUGGGUGCAGCCUUGGGGCAAUAUGCCAUUUCCUAUUACUCUAUUGUGGCCACAGUGGCCAGUUCACCAAGGGACACUAUAAAUGCCCUCAACUUGAGCUAUUCCCUGCUGAUGCUUGCUCAACCCACUUUCCAAAACAUUUUCAUCAUUGAAGGCCUGCACCGGCAACCCCCAGAAGAGGAAGACAAAGUUGACCCUCAGCAGAAGGAUAUCUAUGGGCUCACUUUUGUCAAUAUGAAUGCAGUAUCGCUCCGUGUCCCUGAGAGUUUGAGUGCUCUGCCGCCCAGCGCACUGCCAGGGUUAGCCAUUCAGACUUCUGAAGCGAGGCGGUCCCUUAAGGCCUCCAAGAAAAUGAACUGGAGAAGAAGAUUCCUAAAGGAGAUCUCAGUGUUCCUGCUCUUGGGGAAUGCCAUUGUAAGUAAAUCAGCUAAUUAAUUUGGAAAAUUUCUUAUUCCUUGGGUGGGGGGAAAUACAUAGCAGCAAAGCAUGCAAGGAACUCCUGCUCUGAGGCAGGGGGGAAUGUAGAUGUACAUCUUGAGUAUUUCCUUUUAUAACCAGUUGCGGUCAUGUUAAUUACACCAACACAUGUUCAUGUGUGACAAAAGAUGUAGCUGUAGGUUGUGUAGUGGAGUCUCUGAUAGAACUAGGUGUUAACAAGAGACAUGGAACUCUAGUAACAGUGUGCUUUCUCUCUCUCUCUCUCUCUCUGCUAACAAAACGUACCGUAUUUUUCCGUGUAUAAGACUAGGGUUUUUCCCUAAAAAAUAAUGUCAAAAAUUAGGGGGCGUCUUCUAUACAGGGCCAUCUCCCCCAUUUUCUUAAACCUGAGCCCCCCCAAAAAUAGGGGUGUCUUAUACAUGGAGGCAUCUUAUAGAAGGAAAAAUAUGGUAUAUUACACUGUAUUUUUUUUCUAUACAGGGCUCACCCACACUUCCUUCUGUGCCAUGCUUUCUAGGCUAAAGUCCAGGCUUUCCAGAUCCAGAAUUUCCAAGCUGUUUUACCUCCUUCCACUGCUUUCCCCUGGAAAACCGGCAUUUUUCUGCUGAAUCCAAGCAAACCUUUGCUCCGAUUCAGUGGUAAAACCCGGGUCUCCCCGGGCAAACAGUAGGACCGAUUCAGUGGUAAAACCCGGGUCUCCCUGGGCAAACAGUAGGACCAAAACAAGUGCUCAGACGUGGGCCUGGAAAUCUUGGAUCUGUGCCUACAGUAGAAAACACAGCACAAAAGGAAGUGUGGAUGAGCCCACAGAGUGGAAGAAACGCAUGGCACGAUGGCAUCAUCUCCUGUCCUGUUAGUUUUAAAUGCUAUUGAGAAGUGAGCUCCAGGUCUCUUGAAAAGCCUAGUUUCUGCCCUUUAUAGCUUGCUGAUAUAAAACUAUGUAAUACAGAGGGUGCUUACAGAUUCCUAAUGUUCUUGUGUGAUUUCCCCCCCCCCCUUUCUUUCCCCAAACAGCUCUGGGUCAUGCCAGCCUUUGGAGCCCGGCCACAGUUUGACAACAAAACAGAGCUUGCGUUCUACGGUUAUCCCAUGUGGGCUGCCAUUGUGGACAUCUGCCUGCCAUUUGGCAUCUUCUACAGAAUGCAUGCAGUGGCUAGCCUUCUGGAAGUCUACAUCAUGUCUUAAUCGGAACAAUGAAGAGUUUCUUAUAAGGACCUAUGUUAUCAUGCCCCUCCCAGGACUGGAUGAUGCACUUAAUUUGGGGGGGGGGGAGGUUGAGUUUCACUUUGAUGUCAGACCCUGGUGAUUCGUGGGCUGGCAAUAGCCCACAUGUACCCUAGGGAUUUUGUUUGUUUCUUUGUUUUCCCGUGUGUGUUUUGUCGUUCUAUUUAAGUGCCUCCUUUUCUUCAUCCUACUAAGGGUUGUUCAUCUUUGACUACUUUUCUCCCCCCCUUCCCCCUACCACCACAAAAUGCUGACAUGGACUGUUUGUAGCCUGAGGCUAAUUCCUGGUCACUUUAAGGCCUGUUCAGUCAACCAGUCUAGGGAAGGUCAGUUUGAAAGAAGAAUCAAGUGAAUGUUGAAGCCAGUUAAACACUCCGCAGUCGUUUGGAUGGCUUUGUAGGUUCGUGUUGUCCCCCCCUCCACGGAGAUUAAAUCCAGCGGUUAUUAAUGGCCUUGGGGAGUAUGACCCUGUUGGAACUCACACGAUAAGUAUAAGGCUGAAGUCCCAGAGGUUUCAGUGAAACUUACUUGCUGUCCUGAAUCAGGGCCUGCAGCGUGCCAGAGUGUAGGGUUGUGCUUUCAAAAGGGUAUUGAGAUAUGUUAGUUUUUAAAGGUAGCUUAAUAAUUUUUUUAACGAGUCUAUUUUUAUAUGAAAAAAUAUUUAUUGAUUUUCAUUCUGACAGCACACACACACACACACACACACACACACGAUUGAAUAGGGGCAUUGAGGCAGUCACCAUUGAACUCAGUACAAUGGCAGCGCCUAAAGUGCAGGCAUGCCUAAAAAGGUCAGAGCCUCUUCCUCAGCUCAGAUGUUGUAGGAAGCGGGGUGUUCGUUGUUACCCUUGCUUGGCCUUCAAAGUUGACUGAAAAUUAUUGGGUGAGGUGUCUGCAGAUGUGUCCUACAUACAGUGGGAUUUGAUGGCUUUUCUUUUCAAAGUCUCCACCAUCAUCAGCUUUUAGUCCAGCCUUCCAAACCUAGAGGCCUCUGGAUUUAUUUUAUUUUUUACUACAGUUCCCAUCACCCCUUGCCAUUGUCUAGUCUAGAUGGGGCUGAUGGGAAUUGUAGUCCAAGACAUCUGGAGUGCAUCAGGGUUUUGGAAGGCUGUUUAAAUCCAAUGCAAAGCUUUGGAAAGCCUAACCUGCUCAAGAUGCUCUUCCAUAUUGGCUAGGGCCAUCAUAUAUGUUACAAAUCCUUCAUAGACACUAUACAGGGAAUAUUCUCUCAAUGGAAAGUCUUGAGGCUCAUUCAGUUAGAAUAUCCCUGCUCUUUUUCGGUUGUUAUUCAAGCAUCCCCGCCCCCAUGAAUUUUGAAUGACUGUCAACAUGUAAGCAGCCCAGAUAGACAUUCGUACACUUGUGGUUAAAAUUUAGCCCAUCUAAAUCUUUGCCAUAGUUUAGUGACGUUCUUCCACUGGAAGCCGCAGCUGCAACAUUAAGAUGGAGAGUAGAGGUGAUGGUUCCGUCAGCUGAUUCCAUUCCCCCCAAAUGUUUGUAGAUCCAGAUUUACUAGGUACACACCUACAUGCACUGCCAGGAUUUAAAAAAACCAUGAAACUGUAUUCACAAUGGAAAGAAAUGUCUUUUGCUGCUUAAAACAUGGAGGGCGGGUGUUGGAAAAUCUAAAAUGUACAAAUAAAUGAAAAUCAUGUUUGA